AUGGCAGCCCUCGGCGAGGACCUGCUCAUCACAGUCAACAAAUUGCAAGACCUGGUUUUCAACACCAUCGGCAGUGACUCUCUUGACCUUCCACAAAUUGUUGUCGUCGGCUCUCAAUCCGCAGGCAAAUCAUCUGUCCUCGAAAACAUUGUUGGCCGAGAUUUUCUACCCAGAGGAAGUGGCAUUGUUACUCGGCGUCCUCUUAUUCUGCAACUCAUCAACGUACCCGAGGAUGAGAACGCUUCCCAGCCGACAGACGACCGCUUCCGCUCUCCUGACAGUGCGCGACGCUCUGAGUGGGCAGAGUUCCACCACAUUCCCAACCGACGUUUCAACGAUUUUUCCGAUGUCAAGCGCGAGAUUGAAAACGAGACAUCUCGUGUCGCUGGCUCAAACAAGGGAAUUAACAGACAGCCCAUCAACCUGAAAAUCUACUCGCCGCAUGUUCUCAACCUGACUCUGGUUGAUCUUCCUGGCCUGACCAAGGUUCCCAUUGGCGAUCAACCGACCGAUAUCGAGAAGCAGACUCGUAACCUGAUUUCAGAAUACAUUGCCAAGCCUAACAGUAUCAUCCUUGCUGUCUCGCCCGCCAACGUCGACAUUGUCAAUUCGGAAGCUCUCAAGCUGGCUCGUCAUGUCGAUCCUCUCGGCCGUCGAACCAUUGGUGUUCUCACCAAGCUCGACUUGAUGGAUCAUGGGACUAACGCAUUGGACAUUUUGUCCGGACGUGUCUACCCUUUGAAGCUGGGCUUCAUCGGGGUUGUCAAUCGUUCGCAACAGGAUAUCCAGGGCAACAAGCCCAUGGAGGAAGCCCUUAAUGACGAAAUGGAUUUCUUCAAGCACCAUCCUGCUUACCGCAACAUUGCCACACGCUGCGGCACGCGGUUCCUGGCCAGGACCCUCAACACAACCCUCAUGGGACAUAUUCGCGAACGCCUGCCCGACAUCAAGGCCCGCCUCAACACCCUAAUGGGACAGACCCAGCAGGAGCUCGCCAGCUACGGCGACAUGCACUUCAGUGGCAAGGAGCAUCGCGGAUCUUUGAUUCUGCAACUCAUGACCCGAUUCGCAAGCUCUUUCAUCUCUUCUAUUGAUGGUACCUCGACGGAAAUUUCCACCAAGGAGCUCUGCGGCGGUGCCCGCAUCUACUACAUUUUCAACUCCGUGUUCGGCAGCUCUCUCGAAUCGAUCGACCCAACAUCGAAUCUCACCGCUCUUGACAUUAGAACUGCCAUCAGAAACUCUACCGGUCCCCGACCCAGCUUGUUCGUUCCCGAGAUGGCUUUUGAUCUGUUGGUGAAGCCUCAGAUCAAGCUUCUCGAAAUCCCCAGCCAGCGCUGCGUUGAGCUGGUGUAUGAAGAGCUCAUUAAGAUUUGCCACACCUGCGGCUCAACAGAACUCUCAAGGUUCCCUAGAUUACAAGCCAAGCUGAUCGAGACCGUUUCAGACCUCCUGCGCGAGCGUCUAGGCCCUUCGUCCACCUACGUCGAGUCGCUGAUCUCGAUCCAACGCGCCUACAUCAAUACCAACCACCCCAACUUUCUCGGCGCCGCGGCAGCCAUGAGCAAUGUCGUCAACGCGAAGCAAGACCGCGAGCGUAAGAGGCUGAUUCAGGAAGAGCGUGAAAGGAGAGAGCGCAAGCGCCUCAAGGAGCUCGGCACUAAUGGCGAGAUCGAGGAGACAGAAGACGGGGACAAGGAAGCGCAAAAGCAUAGCAAGCACUCGCGUAGCCUUUCGCCUGCUGUUCAUGAAGGACACAACAGUCUCGCUGCUGCUGUCAACGGCCGUCCUCAUUCACCCAUGAACGGUCAGGGCCUCGGUGGCGCCAAGGACACGUUCCUAAACUACUUUUUUGGCAAGGAGGGUCUUUCACCCAUGCACGCCCCGAGUGGUCUGACCAACGGGCGUCAGCACAACGAGCCCAGCUUCUCCAGCAGCCUGCGUCGCGAAGAAAAGAUUGCUGUCCGUCCUGCACCAACAGUGCGUGACGACGAUUACGACCCUACGUCGCGUAGCUACGGCCUCGCGUCCCAUCUCGGCGAGUCCAACGAGCCCGCACUCACCGACCGCGAGGCCAUGGAGACGGAGCUGAUCCGCGCGCUCAUUUCGUCCUACUUUAACAUUGUGCGCGAAUCCAUUGCUGACCAGGUGCCCAAGGCGGUGAUGCACCUGCUUGUCAACCACUGCAAGGAGGUGGUGCAGAACCGACUCGUCAGCGAACUCUACAAGGAGUCACUCUUUGAGGAGCUCCUCUAUGAGGACGACGGUAUCAAGAAGGAGCGCGAAAAGUGCGAGAAGCUCCUACAGACGUACCGCGAAGCGGCCAAGAUAAUUGGCGAGGUGCUGUGA